AUGCUGCUUGAGGAAGAAAAGAUAUAAACUGACAAUCAAAUACAUCAGGAGUUACGCAAGUAACAUGUCUCGGUCACCAGGAAGAAAGCAGGAGAACCACAAAAUAAGCAGAGAACUUUUUGUACUCACAUAUGGGGCUUUGGUAGCCCAGCUGUGCAAGGACUAUGAAAAAGAUGAAGAUGUCAAUGCCUGUUUAGAUAGAAUGGGAUACAGCAUUGGCAUUAGGCUGAUUGAUGACUUCUUGGCUCGUUCGGCUGUGAAAAAGUGCCGUAGUUACUCUGAAACUGCAGACAUGAUUGCACAGGUUGCUUUCAAGAUGUACCUUGGGGUCACCCCUAGUGUGAGCUGCAGUAAUGCCACAGGGAAUGAAUUCUCCUUAAUCCUGGACAAAAACCCACUAGUGGAUUUUGUGGAAGAGCUGCCAGCAGAACGAGCAUCACUUUGCUAUUGUAACCUCCUCUGUGGGGUGAUUCGAGGUGCCUUGGAAAUGGUUCACUUAGCAGCAGAAGUUUCCUUCCUCCAGGACAGGCUGAAGGGUGAUGCUGUGACAGAAAUAGGAAUUACAUUUUUAAGGAAGCCUGAAGACAGAAGGCACAGAAGGAACAAAUGAAAGAAAUAUUGGAAGAAAACGCUUGCUGAGGGAUAUUUUGUGCUUUUUGUUUCAGAAGAGGACAGGAUAAAAGUGGCUUUGCUGAAUCAGCUGCACCAGCCACUUGGUUGAAAGGUGAAGAGAGAUGGGCAGCAAAGAGGAGGGGCAGGGCAGGGGAGAGCAAUGUUAAUUGUCGUGACACAGAUAUCUGUAAAAAAAAAUUGAAAUUAUCUGACCUACCUUCUCACAUACCCAGGCUCUUGAGCUUAAUGGAAGUUUUAGCUCAGUAUUUAGUGCAUUCAUCUGUAUACGAACUGCUUUCAGGUAAAGGUGAUGACCUUUUCCCCUUUUGUUUGUCAGUAAUGUUUCAAAGCAUGGCUGCUAGAGGUGCUUUAUUUCUCUGGCUGUGUGUGGUUAUCCAUAAAGGAUUCAUCUGCUGUGAUUGCUGUAUGUCUCACUCACUCACUCACUCACUCACUCACUCACUCACUCACUCACUCACUCACUCACUCACGCAUGUUUUAAUGUGUAAUGCUUUACCAUUCAUUGUCCUCCACACUGCUUCAAAGAUCCUGCUAUCUUUGAAACCAGAGAGGGAUGGGCCUUCACUGACAGCAGGAGCUGGUUGUGUUCCUUCCAACUCUCGAGGCCCCACAUGCAGUUUUGCUGGCACUCCUGUUCAGUCCUGUGCACACACCAGGCUGCAGCACCCUGACAACUGCAACAAUGUUUGUGUCUCUGCAAUCUAUGGGCCUUUUCAUGUCAGCCUUCUCUCCAAGAGCACCGAUCUUGUGACUAAACUGAACAAAGCAUGAUGCAUUUAAUGUGUAGCCAUUGUGGAUCUGUACCUGCCUAAGGAAACUUGAAUAAAAAUUCUGAGAUUGCCACACAAAUGGUUUGGUGGUCAUGUUUUCUGCUUUUACCUGGGCUUCACCACCAGCUGUUGAACAUCUUCCUUGUGGCAGUGGACUUGUUACCACAACAUGACUGGGAAGUAGA